GUUUUCUUAUAGAAAUUCAGAAAUGAAGGUGCUACUGGUAUGUUUGAUGUUAGCCUGUCUGUCGUGGGCUCGUAGCACUAAAUCUAAUCGGGACUCUAAUCUCAGUUGCAAUUGCGGGUGGAGAAACUCGGGAAGGAUCGUUGGUGGAAAGGAGACCCGUAAGAACGAGUAUCCUUGGAUGGUGUCUCUUAGCAACGGGUGUGGUGGAUCCAUCAUUACUCCAUGGCACGUCCUAACAGCUGCUCAUUGUACUGACGAGGAAACAGCGAAGAGCAUCACUGUGUCCGUUGGAAAGCACUACAUGUAUUACGGCAAAAAUACUCAGCACAUGAAAGAUCACCGCGUAGCUAAGAUCAUUCAACAUAAGGACUAUUAUGAAAAUAACGAUAACCCUAUAAAUGAUAUAUCCAUUCUUGUUCUUGCCACUCCAAUCAAGUUCAGCCAGUACGUCGGCCCAGUCUGUAUGCCCAACAGUCAACUGAACCUGCUAGGAAAGUUCGUCAAGGUUACAGGUUGGGGUUUGACCAAAGGCACAGGCAGUGAAAACGUCCUUCGGGAAGUGGACGUCGAAGUUAUAAGCAACAGUGUGUGCAAACGAAGCUGGCCACUCAACAAAACACCAUCACAGCUCUGUGCUUAUACUGUAAAAAAAGACUCCUGCAACACGGAAGUUGCUGAAGAUGAAGAAAACGAACAGUCUUAUGAUGACCUUGAAAGAACCCUCGCAACCUGUCCUAAGCUGGCAGAGAUGUGUGUUAUCAACCCAUUACUUACCCAUUACAAUGACAAUGGCCAAAUAAGUCUCGCUACUUCGUCUCAUCAUUGGAAGCACAAAAGAGUAAAUGAAGGAAGAACAACCUUCAACCCUCGCAUCACAUCAUGGAGAGCAGAAGACGGAAAAUUCUUACCAACGAGACCUUCUUACCUAGAAAAAUGACGUGCUAGAUAGAUGGGUGCAGCACUUCAAGCUCUUUAUUAAUAAAGAAAAAUCAGGCCUCUCUCAAGAAGACGACAGACCAAGUGGGGAUAACACAGAAGACAGAAAAAGAUUUUGAAAAUGCCAUUUUAAAGUUGAAAAACAACAAGCCCUCUGGCAUGGACGGGUUCGAGGACCUUUUGAAGUAUGGCAGGGAAAGGUUAAAAACAUAACUACAC